AAAAUCAGACAAUCUGUUGUCUAAUGUCUCACCCUCCACCAAAGAGCGAUAGAUAGCUCUACUAAUAACUCAGUGAGUCAAGCGACCCAACUCGUUCGUUGUCCCUUAAUUAAGAAUGGAUUUAGACAUGGAAGCAAUGGCAUCAGCGAUCGGAGUAUCGAUAUCAGUGCUGAGAUUUCUACUCUGUUUCGCAGCGACGAUUCCAGUGAGUUUUAUACACCGAGUCGUGCCUGGUCGACUCGGUAAACAUGUGUAUGCGGCUCUAUCAGGAAUUAUUUUGUCAUACUUAUCAUUUGGGUUUUCUUCAAAUCUUCACUUUUUGGUGCCCAUGUCAUUGGGUUAUGCUUCUAUGGUUCUCUUUCGCUCUUACUGUGGAAUCUUGACAUUUGUGAUGGGUUUUGGUUAUCUCAUUGGCUGCCAUGUGUAUUACAUGAGUGGAGAUGCAUGGAAGGAAGGGGGCAUUGAUGCUACUGGGGCGUUGAUGGUGUUAACGCUGAAGGUAAUAUCAUGCUCGAUAAAUUAUAAUGAUGGGUUAUUAAAGGAGGAGAAUUUACGGGAGCCUCAGAAGAAAAACCGGUUAAUCAAAUUGCCUUCUUUAAUUGAGUACAUUGGUUACUGCCUCUGCUGUGGUAGCCACUUUGCUGGUCCUGUUUAUGAAAUGAAGGACUAUCUUGAGUGGACCGAAAGGAAGGGGAUAUGGGCUCCUACAGAGAAAGGACCCUCGCCAUCACCUUAUGGGGCAACAAUUCGAGCUUUUUUGCAAGGUGCUAUUUGCAUGGGCAUUUAUCUAUACUUGGUCCCACACUUUCCUUUAUCCCGGUUCAACGAUCCUGUAUACCAAGAAUGGGGCUUCUGGAAACGGUUGGGUUACCAGUAUAUGUCAGGUUUUACAGCUCGUUGGAAAUACUAUUUCAUCUGGUCAAUUUCGGAGGCCUCCAUUAUAAUCUCCGGACUGGGUUUCAGUGGCUGGACAGAUUCUUCUCCACCAAAGCCACGGUGGGAUCGUGCCAAAAAUGUUGACGUUCUAGGCGUUGAGUUUGCAAAGAGUGCUGCUGAGUUGCCACUGGUGUGGAACAUACAAGUCAGCACAUGGCUUCGCCACUAUGUUUAUGAUAGACUUGUUCAGAAGGGGAAGAGACCUGGUUUCUUUCAGCUGUUGGCCACUCAGACUACCAGUGCUGUUUGGCAUGGACUAUAUCCAGGAUACAUUAUAUUCUUUGUCCAGUCAGCAUUAAUGAUCGAGGGCUCGAAAGUCAUAUACAGAUGGAAACAAGCUAUACCUCCAAAUAAGGCUAUUUUCCAGAAAAUGCUUGUGUUUUUGAACUUUGCCUACACACUCAUGGUUCUCAAUUAUUCCUGUGUCGGUUUCAUGGUAUUAAGCUUCCGUGAAACAAUUGCAUCAUAUGGCAGUGUAUAUUAUAUCGGUACCAUUGUGCCUUUAAUAUUUUUCCUCCUUGGCUACGUAAUUAAACCAGCAAAGGCUGCCAAGUCUAAGGCUCGGAAGGAUCAGUGAGGUAGAAACUCGUUCUCUUUUCCUUCGAGUGACGUAAAUUGAAUGGGGAGAAUGGCAGAUAACUGAUGGUCUCGUGUAGCUGUCGAUUUGUAACAUUUUUUUUACUUCAGAAAUUACUACUGCUAAAGUCUUUAACUAUAAUCUCAAGUUUUGUUCACCAUCAUUUAGCAAAACCUAGUUUGAGUUCA